AAAAGCUAUCCAUCAUGACCACCAUAGACGACGAUGUCCCUCCUCUCGAGGACAUGACCCAAGAGAUCGAGCGGCUACAUGCCAUUCGUGGCAUAAAGGAUGUCAAAGCUGGUCAAUUCAACAGUACUGGUACAACUUCAGUUCGUGGAAAAGACCCGGUGAUGAUGAACCACCAAACACAGAGUGCAUACAGCGGACUAAAGAAGGGAUUUUUGAAUGGGGGAAAUGCAGCCAGAAAAGCGCCGGCGAAAACAACGAAAUCAGCAAAACCCGCCGCGGAUAUUCCCCUCAUCAAACCGAAACAGUCACCGACCGAUAAUCUCCGCAUUGACGAAGUGCAAGCAGCCAUGAGAUCGCAGAUGUCGUUAUUGGACAGACAAGAGUGGCUAACACCGGAAUUUCUCGAGAAAAUCGAACGAAAUCCAGUUCUCACUCGUGCACUCACUGACCCUGUAUUCCAGAAAGCUGCUACUGAAUUAUCACGCGACCCGCAGGCUGCAUUCAAGAAGUAUGCAGCAACACGGCCGGAUCUUAUGGUUGCUCUCCGGGAAUUUGCCGGCCUUCUUGGGGAUGCCUUGGGGGGUUUGGCUGACGAGCAGGAAGGACAGAAAGUGAAGGAGAGGGGAAAGGAAGGCGCCUCGGGCUUCCAGAUUCCAGAUGAAUUGCCUGACCAUGAGAAGGAGCUUGUGAAGCGGGUUAUGGCGGACCCGGAGGUGCAAGAAGCUUUACGAGAUCCGAGCAUACAAAAGAUUUUGAUGGAAGCGCAAAAACAUCCGCCAAGUCUUGCCAACGCGUUGAACACAGCAAAUAAAGACAUUCAGCGCAAAAUAAGCUGUCUAUUAAAAUGCGGACUGUUACAGAUUCAGCACUGAUAGAUGGAUGUCCCAUCUUCAUUUCAUAGUUAUUGAUCUAUGUCCCGCACGCAAUGUACUUAUAGCUUUGUAACUUUGAUUUCUGGAUGAUGCUCACAUUGGUAAUAACACACCAGGUAAUCCAACGAUAGCAAAAAUGUAGGGACCUCCAAACCAGAUCGUUCCCUCAUGGUACAGUCCAUCCAACAAUUCGAUACAGA